CUGCCGCGGGGUCCGGGGGGGGGGGCUGGGAGGAAGAGGGAGCGAGCGCCCUGCACCCCAAUCCCGAAGGCCCGGGCCUGAGAUGAAAGGAGCCCCGAAGUAAAGAGGGGACUAGCCGUGCCCGGAGUCGGGCCGCUUUGUCGCUCCAGAUGCUGCUGCUGCCCCCGCGGCCGCCCCACCCUCGCUCCUCCUCGCCGGAGGCCAUGGACCCGCCGUCCCCCAAGGCAGACAGCCCUCCCUCCACUCCUCCCGCGGUGGCGGCGCCCCUGCCGCCGACGCCCGCCCACCUGCUCAUCGACGCCAACGGGGUCCCCUACACGUACACGGCGCCGCCGGAGGAGCCGCCGCCGAGCCCGCCCCCCCGCGAGCCGUCUCCGGUGGAGCCCCCGCCCCGCAAGGGCUACAACUGCCCGGAGUGCGGCCGCGUCUUUGCCAGCCCCCUGCGGCUGCAGAGCCACCGCGUGUCGCACUCGGACCUCAAGCCCUUCACGUGCGCCGCCUGCGGCAAGGCUUUCAAGCGCUCCAGCCACCUGUCCCGGCACCGCGCCACGCACCGCGCCCGCGCCGGCCCGCCGCACACCUGCCCGCUCUGCCCGCGCCGCUUCCAGGACGCCGCGGAGCUGGCGCAGCACAUGGGCCUCCACUGAGCCCGGCCCGGCGCUGGGCCUCGGCGUCCGCACACACACACACUCCCUGGCGCUGCUGAGGCUAGUGCCUUACCCCGGGCCUCAGUGUCCCCCUCUGCCCCG